GCUGGGCGGGCCCGCGGCGUAGCGGGGCGGUGUGGAGCCCCUCACCGCCGCUUCUUUAAACCGGGCGCCGCCCCGCCUCCUGCCUGGGUCUAGCUGGCGGCGGGGCCGUGGCCGCGCGAACUGCGAUGGAACUUCACAUCCUAGAGCACCGGGUGCGGGUACUGAGCCUCGCCCGCUCGGGCCUCUGGCUCUACACCCACCCACUCAUCAAGCUGCUCUUCCUGCCCCAUCGCAGCCGGUGCAAGUUCUUCAGCCUGACGGAGACCCCGGAAGAUUACACACUCAUGGUGGAUGAGGAGGGCUUUAAAGAGCUACCCCCAUCCGAGUUCCUGCAAGUUGCCGAGGCCGCAUGGCUGGUGAUGAACGUAUCAUCCCACAGUGGUGCGGUGAUGCAGGCUGCUGGAGUUACCAAGAUUGCCCGGUCUGUCAUUGCCCCACUGGCUGAGCACCACGUGUCUGUGUUGAUGCUGUCCACGUACCAGACCGACUUCAUCCUGGUACGGGAGCAGGACCUAUCUGUCGUGAUCCACACACUGGCCCAGGAGUUCCAGAUCUACCGUGAAGUAGGCGGGGAGCCCGUGCCUGUUGCCAAGGACGAUUCCAGCAACGGCUUUCCCCGAGCCCAGCACGGGCCCAGUCCCACGGUGCAUCCCAUUCAGAGCCCGCAGAACCGAUUUUGUGUCCUCACGCUGGACCCUGAGACAUUGCCAGCUAUUGCCACCACCCUCAUUGAUGUCCUCUUCUACUCACACAGUGUCCCCAAGGAGGCAGCCUCAGGUGGUCCUGAGUCAAGCUCCAUCCCAUUCUUCGCUUUCUCCCUCAUUGAGGGUUACAUCUCCAUUGUUAUGGACGCAGAGACCCAGAAAAAGUUCCCCAGUGACCUCUUGCUGACCAGUUCCUCUGGAGAGCUGUGGAGGAUGGUACGCAUCGGGGGACAGCCUCUGGGUUUUGAUGAAUGUGGGAUUGUGGCCCAGAUCGCGGGUCCCCUGGCGGCUGCUGACAUCUCUGCUUAUUAUAUCAGUACCUUCAACUUUGACCAUGCCCUGGUUCCUGAAGAUGAGAUCAGCAGUGUCAUUGAUGUACUCCAGCGAAGGCAAGAAGGCCUGACUUCCAAAGGUCCCUAGGGAACACCAGGCUCCCAGCAUUCCCUUACCACUGGGCUCUCAGAGACUUUUCUGAGCUCUUUCCCGAAGCUGCAGAAUGAGCCCCUGAUCCUGCCGAGGGACCUUGGUUCUGCUGUCUAUAUGUAAGGUGCAUGGAGCUGGCACUCGUGGCCAUGUGUGCACCCCUAGGCACGGUGGGCAGGUGCUGGCCCCAGAUAUCUGCCCACAGAAGACACCUUGGUGCUUGGGGCUUGAACCCCGAACCCAUCACUUUCCACAUGACCUCAGUAUUUGCACAGUCCCUGCGUGAGGCUCGAGCCGUCCCCUAUCACCUGGCUGGGUCCUGCUGCCCUGGGCUGGGCUCUGGUCUCCAGCUUGGCUUGCCUUUCUGGCCAGGUGAGCUCCGACAGUGCCUUCCCUUCCCGGGCUCCCGAGGAGAGGGUUUUUACAUCUCACUUGUUUUUAUGACUGUUAAAAUAAAUAAAAGACUUGCUGAGCUGGGCCCUCUG